UUUCGUUUGCUUUCGUCGACGGCUCUGGACAGACAUAGACAGAGAGAGACGGACGGACAUUUUAAACUUGAAGGAGUUGUGAAUGGAUCGAUGUAUCGAAUGCUGCGCGGCUUACUGCUCGCUCAAAGUGGCAGCGUCCGAAGCUGAUGAUGUCAGGCGGCUUUCUGCGAAUGAAGAUCCGAGUCUGUGGCAUUAAAUUCUGGCAGCACGAAACUGCUUCGAGCAUUGCUGUGCGGAAUAUCAUGAUCUGACUCCGAGUUGUUCAAAGAAGCAAUUGUGUCGAAUCGGUGCUUCUUUGGUGGAAGGAUGUUGCCCACAGUGCUUAUGGUGGCUGAGAAGCCCAGCAUUGCUCUGUCAAUCGCUACAAUUCUUUCUUCGCGGCAGAUGAAUACAAGAAGAUCCUUUCUAGAAGUACACGAGUUCGAUGGCAACUUCAGGGGCUCCAACGUGCGAUACAAAGUUACUUCAGUUAUUGGUCAUGUCCUUAGCAUCGACUUUCCUCCAAAGUAUCAGAAUUGGGACACAACAAACCCCUUUGACCUCUUCGACGCUCCAACUAUAAAGUCAGAAGCAAACCCGAAGGCUCAUGUCUCGAAGCAUCUCCAGCAAGAAGGUCGCUCCUGCGAUUAUCUCGUCCUUUGGCUGGAUUGUGAUCGAGAGGGUGAAAACAUAUGUUUUGAAGUGAUGGAUAUUGUUGUUCCCGUUAUGAGGCGGACUGUUCGCCAGCAAGUUUUUCGAGCACGAUUUUCUGCAAUCAGUGAGUCCGAUAUAAGAACAGCAAUGAGCAGUCUAGUGGAGCCAAAUCGAAAUGAGGCAUUGGCAGUUGAUGCCCGACAAGAAGUAGAUCUGAAAGUUGGUGUGGCAUUUACACGUUUUCAAACCCGCUUUUUUCAAGGCAAAUAUGGCAACCUUGACUCCAGUGUCAUCUCGUAUGGACCGUGCCAGACCCCUACGCUUGGCUUCUGUGUGGAUCGUCAUAUUCGUAUAACCACCUUUACUCCAGAACCUUUUUGGGUAGUGCGUCCACAUGGCUCUAAGAGUGGUCAACAAUUAAUGUUUGAGUGGGACCGAGGAAGAGUUUUUGAUCGAGAGGUAGGGGUGAUGUUUCAAAAGAUGGUUAUAGACGCUGGUUCUCUCAAAGUCACUGCUGUUAGUAAGAAAGAGGAGAGAAAAGUUCGUCCGAACGGUCUGAAUACGGUUGACAUGCUGAAGGUCGCUUCAAGUGCACUGAAUAUGGGUCCACACCACGCAAUGCAAAUUGCUGAGCGGCUUUACACCCAAGGAUAUAUCAGCUAUCCACGAACCGAGAGCACGUCAUAUCCAUCGAGUUUUGAUGUGCGGGGUGCGUUAGCACUGCAGCGGAAUCAUCCAAUCUGGGGCGAUUAUGCCCAAUCGUUGAUUGCUAGUGGCUCUUAUGUUCCAAAGGCAGGGGUAGAUGCAGGUGACCAUCCCCCAAUAACACCUAUGCGGUGUGCCACUGAGGCAGAAUUGGGAGGUGAUGCUUGGAGGCUCUACGAGUAUGUCACUCGCCACUUUCUUGGUAGUGUCAGCCCUGACUGCAAGUUCAUGAGGACAAAGGUUCUGCUCUCAGCCGGAGGAGAGAAAUUCUCCAUAGCCGGAAGGAAUGUCAUUUCUCCUGGAUUCACUUCCUGUAUGCCAUGGCUUGCUGUUUCUGACGAAAACCUCCCCACUUUCACCGUAGGAGAAUCCGUAAAAUGCGGAGAAAUAGAACUUCAUCAGGGACGUACAUCACCACCGGACUACCUGACAGAAAGUGAACUUAUAUCAUUGAUGGAGAAGAAUGGGAUCGGUACAGAUGCAUCAAUUCCUGUGCAUAUUAACAACAUUUGCGAGAGAAAUUAUGCACAGGUACAAUCUGGACGACGCGUUGUUCCUACUGCGCUGGGAAUCACUCUCAUUCGAGGAUAUCAGUACAUUGAUGUGGAUCUGUGUUUACCAGAUAUUAGACGAUUUAUUGAGCAACAGAUAACGCUGAUCGCGAAGGGUGACGCCGAUCAUGCUGCGGUUGUACAACAUUCUCUUCAAGAGUUUGCUACAAAAUUUAAGUAUUUUGUUUCGGAGAUUGCACGCAUGGAUGCUCUAUUUGAAGCUCAAUUUUCCCCUUUAGCAGACUCCGGUCGUUCCCUCAGCAAAUGCGGUAAAUGUGCCCGAUAUAUGAAGUACAUAUCAAUGCGACCGUCACGUCUCUAUUGUUCUGCGUGUGAAGAAGUAUAUUCGCUACCUCAAAAUGGUCAAAUCAAGUUAUACAAAGAGCUAACUUGUCCGCUGGACAACUUCGAGUUGGUGCUGUUCUCUUUGGCUGGUCCCGAUGGGAAGUCAUAUCCUCUGUGCCCUUAUUGUUACAACCACCCUCCAUUCGAAGUGGCUGGAAAAGUAUCUGGAGGUCUUCUCACUGCAAAGGAGCCUGCUGGGAAAGCUGGAGGAAUGCCGUGUACACUUUGCCCUCAUCCCACCUGUCGCCAUUCUAUGGUUAAACAAGGGGUUUGUGCCUGUCCUGAAUGCGAGGGCACUUUGGUACUUGAUCCAGUAAGUGCUCCUAAGUGGAGGCUGGAUUGUAACAAGUGUAGCUGUCUUGUAUAUCUGCCACAUAAUGCUCAUCGAAUAGCCACAACGGACGAGAGAUGUGAUGAAUGUGGUUCGACCCUCUUGGAGGUGGAUUUCAACAAAAACACAACACCUUUGAAAGACAAGGCCACUCUGCACAAGGCAUGUGUACUAUGUGAUGAUCUUUUGCACUCCCUGAUAGAAAUGAAACAUGGAAAGUCUUUCAUGCGAAGGCCUGGCGGACGAGGUAGGGGUCGAGGGAGGGGCAGGGGUGGACGCGGUCGGGGAAGAGCUAGAGGUGAAGAUCCGAAGAUGAGUUUUCGUGACUUCUAGGUCCGAGCGAGGAUUAAAUCUUGUGAUGGUCUAGAUGCAGAGCAACAUGGGGAAUAUAGAAAUCUGUCUAAACUUUUACUUUCACCUCCAAAUUAAAAUUUUUGAGCUUAGGUUACAUUUCUUGUAGUGCAGUUGGAAAUAUUCAAAAGAAGCUCAAUGCCUGUUCUCAAUAGUUACGUCCCAAAGGUUCAUCCCCUUUAAGUCAGCUUCCAACUCUUUCGUCCCGUAGAUCGGGAGUUUAGAGGAAGCAAUAUUGAGCCACUCACAUAAUGUAAAUUCUUUUCCCUAUAAGAUUCAAACUCAUAUUUCUUUUCAUUCUUAGUACACCUAUCGUACAAGACAAUUGUACAAAACAUCAUCCACUGUACAUGCUCACAUACUCAGAAAUGAACUUUUUAUAACUUCUUUGCACAUCCAUCGCCGCAGCGAAUGGGCAAGUAUGAAUGACAAGCUCAGAAUCAAGGGCUCUGUGAGAAUCAGGAUUCAAAAACUACUUGUCAUUUUGAACAGUUGUACAUCUCCCUUGAUAAUUCACUUCACCAGGUACAGAUGUGAUUCGAAUGUCUUCCCUAUCUUGAUUUUCUCACUACAGAACCCGCAUGUGGAGUCCAAUGUAGUUUAGUCAAGUCAAUGGACCAAUGUGGUUGUGCACCGACGCUCUGCCACAUGCACCACAACUUCAGUUCU